AUGUCAAACCUUGUGCUGGCAGAGGGCGAAGAGCUGAGCAGGCCCUUGCUUGACAGCAGCGGUGCGAAGCAAUGGUGCCAUGGGCAGAAGGGUACCUGUUUGGUGCUGGCUUUGGCAAUGGUCCUUGCUUGCACUGUUUCUGUGGCGUUGGCGCAGCAGCCCUGGCUCAACUCAAUGAAGGAGUUGGCCGUGCAAGAGCAGUCAAGUCUUGUCCGUGGAAUUGAGGACAUACCGAACUUGACAGACGCGAAGCCUUGGGUGAAGAAGAACUUCGAGGCCUGUAUGGUUACAUUCUGGGGGUGGGCGCCCAUUUCGUCAUAUCUGUCAAAGAUUGCAAUCCACAACGAGGAAAAGCUUUGUGCCUGUGCAGCUAUCGCUUCGAGCACAUCGGAUGCGGAUUCAGAACGCCCUGAGGAUGCGGAUUUUCAGAACCGCUUAGACAAAGUUUUGGAUUGUAGGUGGCUGAUUCAUGCGGACAAUAUUGCAGACACAGCCUGCUUUGCAGAAGCUUGUCCGAGCGCAGUCAAAGAUGACUCCCAUUGA